AUGAUCAAGACCUUAAAUCCUUAUCCCAAUUCAGUAAAAACAGCUGAAAUUAUGUCAAGGUACAGGCCAAUAGCUCCAAAGCCUGAGUCUUCAUCUGAUUCCUCCCUCUCCCUAAAGAUCAAACAGUCUCCUUACCUAAGGAAUCUGUGGCCACAGUUGCAGGAAAGGCCCACAAGGACCAGAAAGAGAGGUAGAGCUUCUAUUGCUCUACCCUCUUCUCUCAAGAGACAGAAGACUCAUGUCUUAGGAUUUUGUUCCCCUUGUCAUAUAACAUCUCCUGCAAAGAACCUUUCUUUACACAGUUUUGCUCCUCCUUCUCCCCUUCCUCAACAACUCCCUCUUCCUAACCAUGGACUUGGGGUGCUUAAUUGUAGCAGCUUGGAAAACACUACUGCCACCAAUCCAAGUUUAGUAACACUUCCACUUCUUCCAUGUUCUCCUUCUGCUACAAUCCUCAGUGAACAAGGCCCUGCACCCAAAUUUGACUUAACCAUGCCUCGUAAAGAAGAGGUUAUCGAUUUCAACACUAAAGUAGAGAUUCCACAAGAAAAGGAUCUCUUGCAGCAACUGCAAAAACCAGCUACCAACAAUGUUAUAGCACCUCAACCAGUUCGCCCCAUUUGUUCCUGCAUAAUGGUUGGGUGCAUUAAUGAAAACUCAACCUUGCCAUCAAUGUCUCAUGCCCCCAAAAAACCAGAGGAGCUUGAGGAAGAGGUUGAAUCUGAGGCCUUGCCAGCUGUUAUAUCAGACUCAAAAAACAGAGUUAGGAUGGCGAAUUCUGCAUACAAGGAGAUGGUGGGUCAACCUGAGUGUCCUUGGCUUGAAUCCAUGGUUAAUUGUGGUGGUGAUGGAAGGCUUCAAUGUCUUUCAUCAUGCAAGAGGAUCAGUGGAGAGAUAACACUACAUCUUUGUGAUUCAAGUAUACCACUUUCAUCAAAUGGUUUUUCAUGCUGGGUGACGAUAGAAUGGCAAACUCAACACAAGAAGUGUUCGGUCAAUGCUUUCUGUGAUGUUAUUAAGUUGUCAUGCGAAUCCAGGGACUACCACUUCACAUGGAGGUUCCACACUCGUACUAGGGAAGCUUCUCAAUCAAGUUGCAACACUUGA